CAGUGAAGGCUGCAGUGCAACGAACUGACAAGGUGGGGAGGAGAGUUUAGCCUAGUAGAUUCGAUUCAGGAGUGGUCAGGAGAGAAACACACUAACACAGGUCCCACUUGCCACUUUCACUUUGGCUUGACGUGUUCAGUUUGUUUACGCUCGUUUCUGCAAUUUUAUUCACCACUUAUCAAGAUGAGUGGCACCGGAUCUUUGUCUCAAACAUUCUUGAGGAAGCUUCGUUCGGAAUUUUAUAGUGACACCCGAAAUGUUUUGGCCCAGAAUGUAUGCACAAAAUUUAGUCCGACUGAAGCUUGCAUUUCAAGGCAGACGGUUCAGAACACCCAGCAGAUUUUCAACCACAAGAUUGAUCCCGAAGGAAAACCAAUCACUGACCAAAAAAGUUCAGGACGCUGCUGGCUCUUCGCAAUGUUGAACGUCAUUAGGUCUCCAUUUAUGAAGAUGCACAACCUGGAGGAAUUUGAAUUCAGCCAAUCCUACCUCCUCUUCUGGGACAAGGUUGAACGUAGCAACUACUUUUUACAAAACGUCGUUGAAACUGCGGAACGAGGCGAAGCAGUCGAUGGGCGUUUAGUAUCCUUCCUUUUGAAAGAUCUCGUAGGUGAUGGUGGUCAGUGGGACAUGGCAGUGAACCUAAUUAAAAAACACGGACUUGUCCCGAAAACCUGUUUCCCGGAAUCGACCACUAGUGAAGCAACCGCUCGUUUGAAUGGACUUUUGAGAACAAAACUUCGAGAAUAUGCCAAAGUCCUCAGAUCUUUGAUCUCAAACGGAGUUUCCAAAGCUGAUCUUCAGGCUAAAAUCGAAGAGCAAAUGUUGGUUAUUUAUAGGAUAAUCGGUAUCUGCGUCGGUAUUCCGUCUGAAACGUUCACUUGGGAAUUUUAUACGAGUACGAAGACUUACACUAGUAUCGGACCUAUCACGCCAGUUGAAUUCUAUGAGAAGCACGUUAAGCCCUGCUUCAAUGUGGAUGAAAAAGUCUGUCUCGUUACUGACCCGAGGCCAACUAAUCCUUUCGGAAAACUGUAUACUCUUGAUUGUUUGGGGAAUGUAUGGGGAGGCGGUCGUACUUUGUAUAACAACCAACCUCCAGAGUUACUUUUGAAAUUGUGUGCUGAAAGUAUAAAGAACAACGAACCUGUCUGGUUCGGUUGUGAAGUUUCCAAAAGAUACGCCAUGAAGGAGGGAAUUCAUGAUCUUAAGGCUCAUGAUUAUGAGGCGAUGUUCGGAACUGAUGCUCAAAUUACUCUUUCCAAAGCUGACAGACUUCUUUAUGGAGAUUCCUCGAUGACCCACGCAAUGGCGUUCACUGGUGUUUCUAUUGAUAAUGACGGAAAAAUUUCGAAAUUCCGUAUUGAAAACUCCUGGGGCAAGGACCGAGGAGACAAAGGCUAUCAAGUUUGUACAGCUGAUUGGUUCAUGGAGUUUGUUUUUGAAGCUGUUGUAGAUAAGAAGUACGUACCUGCUGAUGUUUUAGCCGUUUUCGACCAAGAACCUAUAGUCUUGCCCGCUUGGGAUCCGAUGGGAACUCUUGCUCAGUAAUAAAAAGCCAAUGGUAUGAAACGAGGAUAGUGUUACUUAGUAAUUUUAUUGGUAUGUUUUAAUAUGAAAUUCUAAAUGUCUAAUUACUCUAGAUUUGUACGCGUGAAAUCAAUUUGCAAUUUUUUAAUCUGCAUGUAAAAGAUUGAAAUUUCAGUCUAUAAACGAGUGUCUGAAUUAGAACCGAUUUUAUUUAGCGCAGUAUUCCGUAAAAAUAUGAAGUAUUUAGUAUAUAUUAUAGAUUUUACUCAAUUACAUACCGUGAAAUUGCCAACACAACAACAUCAACUAUAGAAUAAUGAAUUUUUACUUAUCUACCGUGUGAACAAAGUAGCACCGAAUUUUAGGAGAAAACGAGAUUAAGAUCGAAUUUUUGUGUAUGAAAACACGAGCGAUUUAUAAUGUACUGCAUUUAGUUGACUAAACUAUAGCCAAAUACAAGUGUGUUCAAUCAACAAAAAUCUAUGCCAUAAAAUCAACCUACAUGUGUUCAUUUACGAAAGGUUUGAUUACAAUAAAAGACCUUUAUUUAA